AUGGAUAGGAAAAGACCAUUGACUCAAAGUGAAGUUGAUUACUACUUAAAUAUAAGUGAUUCAGAAUUUGAUGAGCUUUCUGGCGUGAAUAGCAGUAGCGAUUAUGAACCUUCUGAGAAUUCAAGUGAUAGUGAAGAUGAAGUCGUCUCAAAAUCUGAAGAUGAUCCGGAACCUGAAGAUAACGCCGAUGAUUCUCAAGCAACAACAUCAAAUGCGAAUGAUAAUUUGUGGACAGAAACUCAACAGAGUCCUGAAUUAUUUAUUUUCAAAGAAAAGGUUGGUGUGAAAUUGGAUACGACAAAUUUUACAGUUCAAACGCUAGUGGACUUAUUUUUUUCGGACGAUUUUCUUGCCUUACUGGUGGAACAAACUAAUUUAUAUGCUGCGCAAGAAAUUGAAAAAAGCACAACAAUAAAGAAAACCAACAGGUUAUCAAAUUGGCAAAACGUCCCGAAAUUAGCGAUUCGACGUUUCAAAAUAAAUCUCGAUCCGAAUGACUCUAGUUUAUGUUUGUAUGGGUAA